AUAAACAACAUCUAUUAGAUCUCCUUAAACUAAAAUAGAACUGCAGCGUUUUGAAUUUGUUGUAAAUAUUUUAACAUUGGCUUCUUAAAAGUUUGAAAAAUAUCUGCUCGUCAUGUCUUUACGCUCCGCCAGUGCACUCACCGCGUUAGUACUUGCAACAAUUAGCUGCGCUGCUACUCAGGACCAGAAUACCGAGCAAUUAUUUGGCGAUAUUUACUACGAGAUCGGCAGCUUCUCCUUCCGGCAUAGCGAUCCAAGUGUCAGUGGCAACAAGUGCCAGCGUGAAGUGCCCGCGCGCUUCUUUAAAACCGCUCCAGAUGCUCCUAUACGCGGUAAUGGCUCCACCAUUCACUGGCAGCGCAUCGAAGUCUGUUGUGAGGGUUACGUGCGAUCCCGUUACGAUAGCGAUCAGUGCGUACCAGACUGUUCAGCCGUCUCACCAAAUAACUGUCGCAAUGGUUUCUGUCACGCACCCAAUCAAUGCGAGUGCUUUGCGGAGUUCGUGCGCAAUGAACGCGGCGAAUGUGUACAGACCUGUCCGAUUGCCUGUGAACAUGGACGUUGCUACUUGAAUGGCACCUGCCUGUGUGAUCCUGGUUACAGUUUGGAUUUGGAGACUAGAAAAUUUUGUCGCGCCCAAUGCCCUCAUGGUUGUGGCACACAUCAGGAUUGCAUAGCGCCGGGACAGUGCGCUUGUGCGGAGGGUUACAAAAUGACACAGGACUUGGGUUGUCAGCCGGUUUGCAUACCCGAUUGUGGGCAUGGCAAAUGUGUUGGUCCGAAUAAGUGCGAGUGCUUUCACGGUUACAUUAAGCGGCCCAUGCGGAAUGUGUGCGAGGCUGAGUGCUAUAUAAGCUGCGAAAAUGGUUUCUGUGAAUCGCGUUCUAAUUGUCAGUGUCGCAAUGGCUACAAAUACGAUGCAGAUACGACCAGCUGCUUGCCGGAUUGUGGCGACAACUGUCAGGAUGGUAUAUGCGUGGGAUCUGGAGUGUGUAAAUGCUUCGAAGGCUAUGAGUACAGGGAGUCAAAUUGUGAGCCGAAAUGUAACAGGGACUGCGGCUUAUAUGGCCAGUGCUUGGAACCGGGCGCAUGCGGCUGCAAACUAACAAAACAGCUCUGUAGGACAGGACUCUGCGACCGAAAUGGGCGCUGUGUGUGUCCAAUUGAAAUGACGCAUUUCAUCGAUAGAUGCAUCAAGGCGACGCAACUGAACGAGCUUUUGAAUAGCAAUCAGCAAAGAGAGUAUUUUAAUCGACAGCUGAAACGUGAAUUUGAGACACUGAUUGGCGGCAGUUUCCACUUUAUGCAACAAGCAAAAUAAAAAUUGAAUCUUUUUAUUAAUCCCUAUUUAUAAAUU